ACUCAGAGGGCGGGACGUGGAGCGACGGGGGCGCGGCGCGGCAGAGCUCGGGCGGCGGCGGGACUGCGCGGCGACGGGGACGCUCGGCAUGGCCCACCUGGUGCUCGGUCUGGUGAGCUGUACUUGCCUUCUUGCAGUGAAUGGUCUGUAUUCCUCCAGUGAUGAUGUAAUCGAAUUAACUCCAUCAAAUUUCAACCAAGAAGUUAUUCAAAGUGAUAGUUUGUGGCUUGUAGAAUUCUAUGCUCCGUGGUGUGGCCACUGCCAAAGGUUAACACCAGAAUGGAAGAAAGUAUCAACUGCAUUAAAAGGUGUUGUCAAAGUGGGUGCAGUUGACGCAGAUAAACAUCAGUCCCUCGGAGGCCAGUAUGGGGUGCAGGGAUUCCCUACCAUCAAGAUUUUUGGAUCCAACAAAAACAGACCAGAAGAUUAUCAGGGUGGCAGAACGGCCGAGGCCAUCGUCGAUGCUGCCCUGAGUGCUGUGCGCCAGCUUGUGAAAGAUCGCCUUGCUGGAAGGGGUGGUGGAUACAGUUCUGGGAGACAAGGCAGAAGUGAAAGUUCAAGUAAGAAAGACGUGAUUGAGCUGACUGAUGACAGCUUUGAUAAGAAUGUCCUGGACAGUGAAGAUGUUUGGAUGGUUGAGUUCUACGCUCCUUGGUGUGGACACUGUAAAAACCUAGAGCCAGAAUGGGCUGCUGCAGCUACAGAGGUAAAAGAACAAACGAAAGGAAAAGUGAAGCUUGCGGCCGUGGACGCUACGGUGAAUCAGGUGCUAGCCAGCCGAUACGGCAUCAGGGGAUUUCCUACAAUCAAGAUAUUUCAGAAAGGCGAGUCUCCUGUGGAUUAUGACGGAGGGCGGACAAGAUCCGACAUUGUCUCCCGGGCCCUCGAUUUGUUUUCUGAUAAUGCUCCACCUCCUGAGCUGCUUGAGAUCAUCAACGAGGACGUCGCCAAGAAGACAUGUGAGGAACACCAGCUCUGCGUCGUGGCUGUGCUGCCCCAUAUCCUCGAUACUGGAGCUACAGGCCGAAAUUCUUAUUUGGAAGUUCUUCUGAAAUUGGCAGACAAAUACAAAAAGAAAAUGUGGGGGUGGCUGUGGACAGAAGCUGGAGCCCAGCCUGAACUUGAGACUGCGUUGGGAAUUGGAGGGUUCGGAUACCCUGCCAUGGCAGCCAUUAACGCACGCAAGAUGAAAUUUGCUCUUCUAAAGGGAUCUUUUAGUGAGCAAGGCAUUAAUGAGUUUCUCAGGGAGCUGUCUUUUGGGCGUGGAUCCACAGCACCUGUGGGAGGCGGGGCUUUCCCCACCAUCAGCACCAGAGAGCCUUGGGAUGGCAAGGAUGGCGAGCUUCCUGUGGAAGACGACAUUGAUCUCAGCGAUGUGGAGCUGGACGACUUAGAGAAGGACGAGCUGUGAGGCUCGGCACAGACUUCACUUUUCUUGGGAGCGGAUUUUUCCAGCAGUGAAGGAACAUUCUUUACAAUCAGAUGAAUCUGCCAGUGGCCUUGUGAACCAAGAAGUAGCACUUGAUCGGUCAUUUGAAAACACUGCAACAGUGAACUUUUGCAUCUCAAGAAAACAAUGAAAAAUUCUAUGAAUUGUAGCCAGCGAAUUGGGUUGUGUUCUGUCAAGUAAUGUUUUGAGGAAAACUGAUGGGCUGUCGAAACACUUUUCCUUCCCGCUGACUGCUGCUGAGUGUUCUUGGAGGCUGUUUCUUAGAUAUGUUUUUUAUGUGAUUCUUUCACUUGAAUAUUAAUGGCUUUUUUCCAUUAAAGAAUAAAACAAUAUUUUGGACAAUGCCAACAAAUGUAUGAAAUCAGUGUCCACAUCAUAAAUUCAGUCUGAUGUUUUGCCACUAAGUUAAUAUUAUGAAGGGAUGACCCUGAUGUCUUCCUUUCUAUAAACUUGGGACUCAGAUGACACCAUCUGGACGCCUCCCACAGCACGGAUUUUAAAAUGUGUCCUGCAAAGCCAGGUUCCAGCUGUAUGUCUGAAAAGUAAAGCGAGUUUAUAUAGAAGGGUGAAAAACAACAGGUCGUCAAUUGAGAACUGCAUUCUAUCCCCAAUAUUUUCUCUUUGGUCCAUCAGACUAUUAGGGAAUAUAGCUGGUGA